AUGGGCAAUGAAUCGAGUCGUCCCGAGUCGCCCCCGGGCAACAGAUCUCGCUCUCUAUCACCACUCCCACGCGCUCAUCAGCUUUUACCCGAAGCCGGCACCGACGAAAACGACGACGCUAGCGCCUCUGUUCCACCCUCUACGAUGCCCGUCCCUCGUAUCCGUCGCAACGAUGACCUCGGUCUCCCUUACCCGCCGGGCGACCCUGGCACGCUCUCAUGGCAUAGGCGCCGUAAACGUUCCCGUAGUCGUUCUCCCGAAUCCCAUCGUUACCCAUCACUUCCUCCUGGCGGCCUGCCUUCAAACGCUAGCCAGCCCGUCGGCUCGGUUGGUCGCUCGACGUCACCAGACGGGCAGGUGUAUUCUGCAACACAACCCGAGAAAUCGCUCUCAAAACACAAGAUUAAACGCGAGAAGAAGCGACAAGCGGCAUUGAAGCGGGCGGCUGAUGAGAUGUACAAGGAAGGGAAGGAGGCGACUGCGAUACGCCGGGAGUAUUUGCGCAACAUACAACGGCAGCGGGCGCCUUCUCCGCCUGCUGUACGACGACCUGCUGACGGCAGGCACCGAGAUGCCUCUGAGGAUGCGACGGAUGCCGAAGAAGUUACGCCAGCACCGGACUCGCCACCGAAGCUGAGUAAGAGGCAGAGGAAAAAGGCAAAGGCGGCUGCAAGGGAGGCUGCACGACGGGAGGAGGAGGAACGGCAACGGCAACAACGACAGCGACAACAGGAGGAAGAGCAGAAUUAUGAAGAGGAGGAGCUCCCAGUUGUUACCAGUGACCUGCCCGCCAACGACAACGAAACCUUGGCGAGUACACAAUCUCACAAAAGGGGGCGGCGGGGCAGCGGAGCAAAGUCGCGCAAAAAGAGCAGGACCUCGGAGGUAUCGGACGGGGAAUAUGUGGAUGGAGUGCUGGAAGCUUCAAGGGAACUCCGGGGUGACCAUUUGCCCGUCAACGCUGCGGACCCUGUGCUGGAAAUGUCGGGGGCAUUGGUGGCUGAUGCGGAGCGACCCAAUUCGGAUUCUGGGUACGCUGAAGCAGACGGGCAGGGUCCGGCGUUGCCGAAGCCUGUGGAUGAAAUGGAUCUAGAUGAGUUGCCUUAUGAGUUGCCUUACGACAACGGUAAACAAUAUUUGCCAGAUGGCGGCCACGACCCCGCAGCGGGUGACAAUGUUGGUUUUGCGGGGGGUGAAGAUGAAGAUUUUGUUCUGAACGUCGACCAGUACACUCCGGCGGGCGACCAAUACACGGCGGACGACCAGUAUUCUGCGGUUGGGAGCGGGGGCGGCACAGACGAAAAUGACGAUAUAUCAGUGGUAUCCGACGGGCAACGCUCGCAGGUCGCGCCCGAAGGGAUGCCGGAGUAUGGGCAUGGAGAUAUUGACCUCGCCGAGGUGCACGGCGGCACAGAAGACCUCGCCCCUCAGCCGCCGAGCCCUGAACUGGAUUCUAACGUCCUGGUAUCAUCAGCUCAAGCGAAUGUGGCGCCCAAGAGCGCGAAGAGGAAGGCCAAGCAACCGUUUGUUUCCACCGAAGAGGAGGAAAACGCACAGGCGUUCGCCGAGCUUCCGCAAGCCGAGGCUACCCCCAAUCUUCGCCAAUCGACACGCCAGAGGAAGGUCUUGGUCCCCAUCGUAGAAGAUGGGGCCGAUGCUCCCCCCUCCUCCUCUCCCAUUCCUUGGAGGACAAAGAAGCCCAAAAGGCAGCCAGCACCAGAUUCAAUCGGCUACGACUCGGACGAGGAGGUUCCUGAACGGGGUCAGUACCGGUCUGGCCCGCUGUCUGACAUCGAGCAGGGCCAGAUCACCCGGGCUGUCGAUCGAUUCCGGAACAACGAAGAAUUGACCCAGGAAGAGCUGAACCGCAUGAUCCACCUCAACCCACAAACAAGCAGCGACACCAUCGUUCGCCGGUUUUGGUCUACGAUCCAAGACGCCUGCCCCUCGCGGCCGCGAAGGAAGCUGAUCAGUUGGACCCGACAGCGUUUCCACAACUGGGCGGGACGCGGCACCUGGACGCCGGAGCAGGACGAGGAGCUGGUGGAGCUGGUUGAGAAGCAUGGUAAGAAGUGGAGUUAUAUUGCCGGCUUGAUCAACCGCUACCAGAAAGACGUGCGCGACCGAUGGAGGAAUUACUUGGUCUGCCGCGGCAUGCUCAAGACGGAGUAUUGGACCGAAGCUGAGGAAGACCAGCUGCGGGCGUUGGUCGAGAGCGCCGUGGACGCCAUCCAGAAAGAAAUGCCCGAGAACAGCACAAAAUCCGCCGAAGAACUCAUCAACUGGCUUACUAUCAGCGAGGCUAUGGGCCACACCCGAUCCCGGUUGCAGUGUAUCGAAAAGUGGAAGCGGAUCCGUGCGACCGAGCCCGUCGCCGACAAAGUGCCUACCGUCCUACCCGCGGGCAACUCCUGGCGCUUGAAGAAGGCCCGGGACGACCUGCGCAGGAUCUCACCCGAGGUCAAGUAUCGUCUUCUCUGCGCAGUGCGCGAUUCGCAAGCAGGCACGGACUCCAGGAUUGAUUGGAAGGCUAUCGUGUCCGGUACGUUUCGCGGGAGGUAUGAGCGACAGGCUCUCGUGGUUACCUGGGGGCGUAUGCGGAAGGCGGUGCCGAGGUGGGAGUAUAAGACUACACGAGACUGUGCCAGGUACCUCUGUGAAAUGUAUGAGUCGGAAGGUCGGUUCGGUAGUGCGGAUCAGGAAGAGGGUGAUGAGGAUCAGGAGGAGGGUGGUCCUGCUGCAGCAGACGCUAGGCCCGCUUCCAAGAGGUCUCAAAAGGGCAAGAAAAAAGGCAAGGAGCCAGUCCGCCCGGUCCCGGAAGAGGAUGAUGCAGGAGCCGAGGCUGAAGACGCCGCGCUACUCUCUGAAGAGGACGACGAUAACAGAGCCACACCCGAGGUCUCACUCCCCGGACGCUGGGGUUCACAGAACGGGACCCCUGCCACUCGAACCGCAGCCAGCACUCGAGUAGCCAGUCCUGAGCUAGAUAGUGGCUUAUACAUCGAGCCAAAGUCGGAGGAAGAGGUUGAGCCGGAACUUCCGACAGCUUCACCACCUAUCCUCACCUACUUGUCACAGUCCAGGUCCAGACGAAGACGGGACAAGAAAGCGCAGCGCAGCGACGAGGCCAACCCCGAAGAUGAGCAACAUGAGCACGGCAACGCCGAUGACGCCAGACGACGUGAAGUCUUCCCCAGUGAUGAACCCGAGACUACCCGCACCCGACGGCGCGGACGACGUGCCAGUGCCGCGGCCGCUGCUACUGCAGAGCAGGAGCCAGAGCAGGACCAACAGCAAAAGCAGGAGCCCCCCAACGAGGAGCAAGAACAAGAGCAAAGGAUGGUCAUCCUGCCCUCAUCGUCGCCUGUACCUGUCUCACGUCUGCCCGCAACCCAACCCAACCCAACAACCACCUCAGCCGCUCUCUCCAACAAAACCAAAACCCCCAAAUCCGCCAAACGCCCACGGCCCGCGUCUCAGCCGAACGGGAACGGUAAUGACAACGCAGACAACGCCAGCCGUGACAUCUUCGACACCCCGCCCACCAGCAGCCCCCGCAAAAAGCAGCGGACCUUCAAGUCCCUCGGUUCCUCGCUACGCACGACACAAAGGACCGCAAAGGGAGGAGGGAGACUGAGUGGUAGCAAUGGUGGCGGCCGAGUCAGUGGUGGCUUUGGUGAUGAUGGCGCGGAUGAUCGCCCUGCGGGUUCGUGGAGUGCCUUGAGCAGUGAUUUGGACGAUGAUAUGGAGGAUAUCCCGGCUAUGUUGCCUUCGUCGGCUAGGCGGAUGGGUCGGUCCCGUUAA